AUGAGUGUCGAGCAGAAGCUUCAUUUGAUUACAAGAAACCUUCAGGAGAUUCUGGGCUUAGAAGAACUCAAGACAAUUCUUUCUGAAAGAGAGCUGAAUGUUUACUGGGGAACAGCCAUAACAGGAAAGCCUCACAUAGCCUAUCUAGUUCCUCUAAUGAAGGUGAAGGAUUUUGCGGAUGCAGGCUGCAAUGUAAAAGUCCUGCUUGCAGACAUUCAUGGAUUUUUGGAUAAUCUUAAGGCACCUAUUGAAAAGAUUAAAUAUAGGUGUGUGUACUAUGAGAAGCUGAUCAAGGCUUCCUUAAAGAUGCUGGGUGUUGACCUUAAUAGAAUUCAGUUUAUCAAGGGCAGCGAGUUCCAGAGGUCGAACGAAUACACUAUGGACUUGUAUAAAAUUCUGUCAAUAACAUCUGAGCACGAUGCCAAGAAAGCCGGAGCGCAGGUUGUUAAGCAGGUUGAAAAUCCUAUGGUGAGCUCUCUGGUGUAUCCGGCAAUGCAGGCUCUUGACGAAGUCCAUCUGUCCGUAGAUGCACAGUUUGGAGGGGUUGACCAGAGGAAGAUAUUCACAUAUGCCAGGAAAUACUUACCACUUCUCAACUAUAAGAAAAGAAUACAUUUAAUGAGUCCGAUGCUUCCAGGGCUGAACUCAGAGAAGAUGAGCAGCUCUGAUGAUCUUUCAAAAAUCGAUCUCAUGGAUUCUAAAGAGGUUAUUUUGAAGAAGAUAAAGAAAUGUUUCUGUGAAGAGGGGAACAAAGAGAAUGGGCUGAUGAAGAUUUUUUCACACAUUAUAUUUCCCAUCUUUGAGGCUAAGGGAGAGAAGAUUAGAAUUGCAGAUAGAGAUGGAAAGGAGAAGGUCUUUGAAAAGUAUCAGGAAUUCGAGGAUGAGUUUUCCAGUAAGUCUAUUCACCCUGGAGAUCUCAAAACCAAUGCAGCACGGCUCAUUGACGGCAUUAUAAGGCCCAUCAGAGAAGAGAUGGAGAAGGAUUUGAAAAUGGUCAAGCAGGCUUAUGAUUAA